AUGCCGAGCCUCGGCCGCCGAAUCAAGCUGCUUUUCAACCCAUCUACCCCGAGUAACAACCCGAAGGGCCGUUUGGGCUUGCGUGCCGUGUUCCCAAGCGACAACGCUGAGGAGGACGAGCUUUGCACCCUUGACGUUAUCCUAGUCCACGGACUCAACGGCGGCUCGGAUACGUCAUGGAGACACGAAGAGAGCAAGACGUUCUGGCCACGAGAACUUCUACCUGAAGUUCUGCCGCGUGCUCGUAUCAUGACAUAUGGAUACAAUGCCAACCUUUGGAGUGACUGUGGUUAUGGACGCAUUCGAACAUUUGCCGACAAGUUGUUGGCGGACCUGGAUAUGAAAAGGGGUCAAGAGAGGAAGUCUAGGCCAAUUUUGUUCAUUUGUCACAGCAUGGGCGGCUUGGUUCUAAAGGAGGACAACAACUCAAAGGCUAUCUCGAUCGCGAAGAAUAGAGACUUCAACUGCUCAUUCCUGGGAGCACCCAUUGGCAUUUUCUUUUUUGCCACCCCACACAGAGGCUCAGACAGCGCUAUAUGGGCCAACAUUGGUACCAACCUAUGCAGUGCCGUCCGCCUCAGGCCGGGAACAACCUCCAGUGCCCAGGAGCUACAAUCCUUCUCUACCACAGUGACCGAUAUUCACAAGAACUUUGUUCACAUUUCCGACGAUUUUAUCAUUUACAGCUUUAGCGAAAGCCUGUCCUGUCGGGGCUUGGGUCUGAUUGUGGAACCGAAGUCAGCACACAUGGACAUCAAGGCGGAAAGACACCAGGUGGGCCUUAACGCGUCGCACAUAGACAUCUGCCGUUUCCGAAACCGCGAGGAGGACAAUUGGGUGGCGCUGAUAGACUAUUUCAGGAGGGCCAACUCAGAUCUCACAGGAUCUAGCAAAGAUGCCGCCCUGUUCCAGGCACCGCCCCAUGAGCUCCAUGAAGACCCCCGGCCAAGCAGCAGGACCCAGGCACCCACCAAAACAUGCGACUCAAAGGUGAACGAAGUGGCGGUUGACGUCCCGUUCUACCGGUCACGCAAUUUUACUGCGCGCCCAGACAAUGUCCUGGAACAAAUGACACGCCAUUUUAAGGACAAAACCAUUGACUGCCAUGCCUUCGGGUUAUAUGGUGGAGUUGGAGUUGGCAAGACGCAGAUAGCGCUCAAGUUCAUGCAUGACAACAGCCAUUGCUUCACACAUCGCCUUUGGGUAUACUCCGACCAAGAACAGAAGAUCAAUACUUCCUACGAGUCCAUCGCCAAAAGUCUCAAAAUUGAAGGAGCAGGGACAAAUCCAAAGCAAACCAUCAGCGCUGUCAGACAGUGGCUUGAGAGAAACUCCAAUUGGCUUCUCGUUUUCGACAACGUCGAGGAUAUAAAACUCAUCGAGUCCUAUUGGCCUCGUGAGUUUCCUGAGACAAGCUAUAUUAUCGUCACUUCUCGACUCCGCUCCCUUGGCUCAUGCCGCGAUCUUCUCAGUGCUUCGGCGAAAGUGGAUUGCUUUACUACAGACGCAGCUGCGAAAUGGCUUUGGUCCCAGAUCGCGGAAGGAAGGGAUGGGGAGGAAAGCCUAGCUUCCGAUGUUGUGAAGAGGCUCGACUGUUUGCCACUGGCCAUAAAGCACAUGGCAGCCUACAUCCAAGGCUCUGAGCGCAGCCUCCGAGAGCUCCUUGAAGAGCUGGACCAAGACGAGAGUAUAGCAGUCGAACAGGAGCUCCCCGGUGCAAACUUGUCAUAUGAGAACAAGCUCUCCACCGCUUGGAACCUUUCCCUUUCCCGGCUAGCCUCUGAAUCGCCAGAGGCUUCCGCACUACUGGACUUGGUGUCUCUUCUAGACCCUGACACGAUCCCUCUGGAACUUAUCAGUCACUUCCAUGCAACCGAUGAUGAUGUCCCCAGCGUUCUCUCGAAAGCCCCGGUUCAGAGACGAGCCAUCAACACCCUCGUGUUUCAGUCACUUUUGGAAGAGCACAACGCAGACGGGAAACACCCUUUACGAAUACACCGCAUGACUCAGACGGCAACUCGAAGACGGUGGAUGCUAGAUCCAAAGCUCCGAGGGGAAGCGUUCAGCAAUGCCCUCCUAUGUAUAUGCAAGGCCUAUCCUCGGCAGGAAAAGGGCGGAUCAAUGGUUUCCCUUUACCCUGAGUGUGCGAAAUUCACAGCCCAUCUUCAAAGCAUUCUACGCUUCUACCAACAUCACGAUUCCGGCUUGACGGUCACCCGAAACUUUGCUGAGGCUCUCGCGCACUGCGGCUGGUAUUUCUUCGAACGGGGAGAGACAGAGUCUGCAUUACAGGUUCUAGAGGCCGCCAAGUCCGUCUGCUUCAAGCUUGGGGACAGACACAGCCAGACGCUGGGCCUGAUAUACAAUAACCUCGGUGCAACCUACAUGCUCAGACGAGAGGAGAGGAAAGGUCUUGAAUAUACACUCCUGGCCAUCGAAAACCGCGAAAGAACCAUUUGGAAGGAUGACCCAGAGAUCCAGCAGUUGGGCAUUUCAUACAUGAACUACGCCAACGACAUGCAACUCGUCCAGCCUUUUAAUCAGGCCGAUGCAGCCGAAUAUUACAAGAAGGCUCUAGAUAUUUGCCAGAACUCUCCUGGUGGCACCGCGGAGUCGCAGGAACUAGUGCUGUCAAAUAUGGGCUGUGCAUACUACCGUUGGGGGAAGCUAGACGAAGCAGUCCACUACAUCCAACAGGCGGUUGAUCUUCACCCGCAAUGCGGGCCCGACACGACGUUCAUGUUAUACACACUUUACUACCAUGGGAACAUCCAAUGGGCCCGGGGAUGUCGUGAGGAGGGGUAUCGCAUCCACAAAGACUGCUUGAGGCGCCGCCAAGCACUUCAAGAGGGGAAGCACUACACUACAGGUGUAUCACUUUACAAGACCGGGAGGCUAGCCUUUGAAUUGCAGGACGUGGGAUACGCACUAGAAUGCUUGAGAGAGGCAGAAGAUAUCUUUUCUGACUAUCACGAUGACCCCGGGCUUUGGCCACGAUCGUGUCUAAAACUCAGCCAGGUCCUCGAACAUGUUGCACAGCAAACCAACAACACUGGCCUAGAAAGGGAGGCAAAGGGGUUUUGGACCAAGGGUAUUGAAGGAGCAUGGAAGAUCAAGGGCAGGUCGUUCAUGGGCAGAACCGACGAAGAACUGGAUUCACUCGUCCGCGAGGUUUAUUCAUAA